AUGAAGACCCUGAUUGUUCUUGUUCUGUUGGUGGCAGUCGUCUCGGCUUUGCCGCAAUUCGGAUACGGACCCGGAUUCGGAGGUGGCGGAUUUGGAGGCCCCGGAUUCGGAGGACCCGGAUUUGGCGGCGGAUACGGCGGACCCGGAUUUGGUGGUGGCGGAUUUGGUCCCGGCUAUGGUGGUUAUGGAGGAGGACCCUACGGCGGAUUUGGCGGUAAUCCCUACGGUGGAUUCGGUGGAGGAUUUGGCGGCCGCCGUCGCCACUUCGGCGGUGGACGUGGUGGUUUUGGUGGUGGCGGCGGUGGCGGUGGUGCUGCCUCAGCCUCCGCCUCAUCGAGCGCAUCUGCAGCAGGAGGAGGUGGUGGAGCCGCCUCCUCAUCCGCCUCUUCAUCCGCCUCGGCCGCCGGCGGUGGCUUCUUCGGUUAA